AUGCUUGAUAUUCUUGCUGAAACAGGCUUGCUUGGUUCUAAGCCGGCUGGUACUCCAAUGGAUCAGAAUCAUCAACUCGCUUCUGAUGCGGGUCCUCUGUUCCCUGACCCGUGCCAAUACCGUCGAUUGGUAGGACGACUAGUCAAUCUUGCGAUAUCCCCUCCUGAGUUGUCAUAUUCUAUUCACUUACUGUCUCAGUUCAUGCAAACCCCUCGUCAAGCUCAUUGGGAUGCUGCAUUGCGAGUUGUGCGUUUUCUCAAAGGGUCUCCUGGUCAAGGAAUCCUCUUAAAAUCUGACGGUAAUCUCGAACUGUCCAUUUACUGUGAUGCAGAUUGGCAGUCUUUUCCUCUCACGCGUCGCUCUCUCAGUUCGUUUGUGGUUCUUCUAGGUGGCUCUCCUAUUGACUAG